UUUGUCCCAGGAGAAAAGAAUAUCAGGUGCAAAAUGGAUCCAUCCAAUGGUUUGACUCGACCACGGGACAUUGUGCCAAACACUGAUGAGAAGCUGAAGGACAGAGGCCAGUGGAGCAACAAAGUGGAGUUUAUUCUCUCUGUUGCUGGAGGAAUUAUUGGACUAGGCAAUGUGUGGCGCUUCCCUUACCUCUGUUAUAAAAAUGGAGGAGGUGCUUUCUUCAUCCCUUACCUAAUCUUUCUCGCCACUUGUGGAAUCCCUCUGUUCUUUCUUGAGACAGCACUGGGUCAGUACACCAGUGAGGGAGGAGUUACCAGCUGGAGGAAAAUCAGCCCACUGUUUGAAGGCAUUGGUUAUGCUACCCAAGUCAUAACAGUCUUGUUGAUUUCCUAUUACAUAAUCGUUUUGGCCUGGGCAAUCUUUUAUCUGGCCUUCUCCUUCUCUUGGGACCUGCCAUGGUCCUCCUGCAACAACACCUGGAACACAGAUGCUUGCAUGGUAUUUCAGCAAAGAAAUGAUUCUUUAGACCCAAGUCAUCUGGAGAAUUCAACUUCCCCAGUCAUUGAAUUUUGGGAGAGAAGAGUCUUGCGGAUUUCCUCAGGUAUCGAUGAGAUUGGAGAGUUGCACUGGGACAUGGCCCUCUGCCUGCUUCUUGCCUGGAUCAUUUGCUAUUUCUGCAUUUGGAAGGGUGUCAAGUCAACUGGCAAGGUUGUUUACUUCACUGCGAUCUUCCCGUAUGUUAUGCUGCUGAUUCUGCUCAUUAGAGGGAUUACUUUGCCAGGGGCAUCACAAGGCAUCUACUUCUAUCUUUACCCUGACGUGGGACGUCUGGCAGACACACAGGUAUGGAUGGAUGCAGGAACGCAAGUCUUCUUCUCUUAUGCUGUCUGUCUGGGCGCUUUAACAACAUUGGGCAGUUACAACAAAUACAACAACAACUGCUACAGAGAUUGCAUAUGUUUAUGCUUACUGAACAGUGGUACAAGUUUUGUAGCUGGAUUUGCUAUAUUUUCUAUCCUGGGUUUCAUGUCUGUUGAGCAGAAUGUCCCGAUUUCAGAGGUAGCAGAAUCAGGCCCUGGAUUGGCUUUUAUUGCUUAUCCACGUGCUGUUUCCAUGAUGCCUUUCUCUCCUCUGUGGGCAUGUUUCUUCUUCAUUAUGAUUGUGCUGCUUGGCCUGGACAGUGAGUUUGUCGGUUUAGAGACUGUGGUGACAGCAAUAAUUGACAUGUACCCAUCAGUGUUCCGUCGUGAAAAACGUCGAGAACUUCUCAUCUUUGCCAUCGCCUUGUUUUCCUUUCUCAUAGGAUUGAUCAUGCUGACAGAGGGUGGAAUGUAUGUCUUCCAGCUGUUUGACUACUAUGCAGCCAGUGGGAUGUGUCUCCUCUUUGUUGGCGCUUUUGAGAGUUUUUGCAUUGCCUGGAUUUAUGGUGCUGAUCAUUUUUAUGACAAUAUUGAGGACAUGAUUGGUUAUCGACCUGGACCUUACAUUAAGUAUUGCUGGUUGUUCCUGACUCCAGUCACCUGUUUUGGUACCUUUGCUUUCUCUUUAAUCAAGUAUACUCCACUAAAGUACAACAAAAAGUAUGUGUAUCCAUGGUGGGGUGAAGCAUUGGGCUGGCUUAUGGCAUUGUCAUCCAUGGUCUGUAUCCCUCUAUGGAUUGUGUAUAAGAUGGGCACUGCCAAGGGAACAGUGAGAGAGAGAUUCCAUAAGCUGACCACACCAUCCUCUGAUCUGCCCAUAACACAAAAGGAGCAGGAGAAGCUACAGGUUAUCUUUGCUCCUGAUGGGGAAGAUCUUCCCCAGAGAAUAGCAUCUACCAAGGAUGGAUACUUUCCUGUCAGUGAGAAGGAAUCGCAAUGCUGA